AUGCAGCGUGAGCUCCUGUUCAAAGUGUUGGUGAUCGGCGACCUGGGCGUCGGCAAGACGUCCAUCAUCAAGCGCUACGUGCACAGCAUCUUUUCGCAGCAUUACCGCGCCACCAUUGGCGUCGACUUUGCCCUCAAAGUCAUCCAAUGGGACCACGAUACCGUCGUCCGCCUGCAGCUGUGGGACAUCGCAGGACAGGAGCGCUACGGCAACAUGACGCGUGUCUACUACCGGGAGGCGGUGGGCGCGCUGGUGGUCUUCGACUGCACACGAGCGUCCACUUUUGAUGCCGUACUCAAGUGGAAGGACGACCUGGACUCCAAGGUCACAUUGAACAACGGGAAGCCGGUUCCAGCAGUCCUCUUAGCUAACAAGGCUGACCAAGCAGCGAGCCAGCAUCCCAGAUUGGAUGCCUUCUGCAGGGAUAACGGCUUCGUGGGCUGGUUCCAGACCUCAGCCAAGGAAAACAGCAACAUCGAGGAGGCGGCUCACUGCCUGGUGGAGAAUGUCCUGAGCAACGAUGAGAGCACCCCCGUCGAGAGAGAGCCCACCACCCUGGUCCUGUCGGGAUACGCCAACGCCACCAAGGAGCACCUCGGCUGCUCGUCGUGUCCCAAAUGA